UGUUUGUUAGUGUGGGUGAUGUUUUAAAGUGUAGUGAUGAUGUCAGUACACACACCUCCCACUUCUCACUUCCUCCUCUAGUGUUGCUUCCUCUAUUAUCACUUCCACCUUCAUUAAUAGUCAACACAAGUGUUGUCAGUGUCUGUCUCAACUAACAAGCUGCUAGUCACUACUGCUGCAAGUUACUUUGCCACGUAUUAACAACAAUCUUGUCAAGUGUCAUAUUUAAUGUGAAUAACAAUAAGGAUAUUUUAUUGUGAUGCCCUUUUUUUUAAGAGUUCAGUGAGUCAGCAGGCCAGUUGCAGCAUGAUACCAACCACUUGCAAGAACCUGAUGCUAGCAAGAUGAAGGCUGGAGAUGUCUGCAGAUGUAUAUCAGACUUCACAGGAGUUUCGCAAGAUGAGUUAACUGUUGCCAAAAAUGAUAUUGUACAGGUGCACUCGGUGGUGGACCGGCACUGGCUGGAGGGCGAGAGUGGUGGAUCGAUAGGCCGUGUCCCUUCUAGCAUCCUAGUUAAGAUAGAACUUCCGCCUCAUCCAUCACAUCUCCCGCUAUUUGUUGCCUCUGCAGAGUUCAUGCCAUCGCAGCCUGGUGAUCUUGGCCUAGCCCGAGGUGAUUUUGUGAUUGGGUUAAAUCCUAUUGAUGAAUCCUGGUGGUGUGGUGAGGUCAAUGGACACAAAGGCAUAUUUCCUCUUAAUUUUGUAUGGAGCAUCAACAAGGAUAUCAUUGAGGAAGAAGAUACGAGAGAAAAGCCAGUCAAGAUGAGAGGAAAAGUCAAGAUGAGUCUUCAAGCGCAGCUUCCAGAAGAAUUAGACUUGUACACUGGGGAUAUUGUUAACAUCACCCAUGUGGUGGACAAAGAUUAUUUUAGGGGAGAAGUCAAUGGAGCAACUGGUACCUUUCCGCGUAGCUUUGUGGAUGUUCUAGAAGAAACGUCGGUGCCUUUAUCAGCUGCUGUGUAUCCAGAGGAGAGUAAUCCUUUACCUUUUAGUAUAGUCCCAUCAGAUACCCCUGAACUGAGUGCUGAUUUUGCACUGCAGGACAUGACACGUGCUUCUCUGCCAUUUUCAGACCUCAAAGUACCAGUGCCUAGUGUAGAACACAUUGCUCCUGCCACAGAUUACUCUUUGCCUGAUUCAGGUAUUCGUUCUACUGCUGCAGUUUGUCAGCCAGUAGAACAUAUUUUUGAUGCUCCAGUAACUCUGUCCAAAACUUCAUCUUAUUGGAAGACAGUUGGCAAUAUUGAUGAUGCUGACAUUUUUGAUGAUGACUACUUUAAGAAAAAUAUGCCUUGUAUGUUUUCAUCUUCCCAAGGAAGUGGAAAUGCAUCUACAAGUCAUGCUAAUGGUACAUGCUUAAUUACCCCAUUCAUAAGCCAAGCCAGUGCCUCGCCUUUUUCCAGUUUGAAUUAUAGAUAUGAAAAUAUUGACGAGUCUCCAGUCCUUCCAGACAAAUCUUUUAAUGAUAGGUCAGCACUUACAAGUGAAAUAACAAUGGGGGCAGAUACAGUAUCUUCGAAGGCAACUGAUAUAAACCAUAGGUAUGAAAAUAUUUUGCCAGCUAAUUCACAGCCAGUUGUCAUUGAUGGAGCCAUUCAGUCAGUCACAGAUUCUGUGGAUGUCUGUGAGGAUGAACCUAAACCAAGUGCCUUUUCAAGUGUCCCAGGAAUGGAGGAUGUCAGUGCGCUCAAUUCCUUAUCACAAAAAGUAGAUGACUAUUUUUCAAAAAAUCUGUUAGAAGAUGGGGAUAAGCAAACAUGUUCAAUGAAUAAGAACUCUCUAAUUCAAGAUUUUAGUAAACUGUCUUCUGGUUAUAAUGAGGACAACACUGGUAUAGAACCAUAUGGUCGGGCAUUGUUUUCCUUUAGGGCUCAAUAUCCAAAUGAAUUGACUUUCAAAAAGGGAGAUAUUGUCCACCUUCUAAAGCAUGUAGAUUCUCACUGGACUUUAGGUACAGUCAGAGGCUCUAAAGGAAUAUUCCCCACUUCUUAUGUUGAUAUUAUUGUAGAUUGUCUUUAUAAUGAAGAAGAAUUAUUUUUAGCUAGAUCUGAAGCAGUAUUACAGGUAAAAUACUUGGGCUAUGCUAGAGCAGAAUUUGAUUUCCAUGCUGUGGAGCCUGGUGAUAUGUCCUUGGCUAAAGGAGACAUUCUCAAGGUUUUAAAAUAUGUUGAUAAUAACUGGGUUAUUGUAGAAAACAUAACUGGUUCGAAGGGUAUGUGUCCCCAAAAUUAUUUGUCUAUCCCCACUGGGUGUCUUGGUGACUCUGGGGAACUUAAUGCUCAGACAACAAACUCUUGUACAGAGACAGCUACCAAAAGAGAAUCAAGGCUACCUGUUAAAGAUGCUCAGCAUGAUCGAUCGAGAAGUUCCUCUCCAUUCAGCCCAUCUGGGUAUAGACGAUCUUAUAAUAAGAAUGAUUUUGGGUCUAUAAAGAAACAAGAAGUAGACCCUGUGUUGGCUAAGACUGUAGCUUCCUUAGAUAUUACCUUAAGAAGUAAUGUAGGUCAGCCAGAUAAAAAGGGCAGUGAAAGUAUCUUUACAAAGAGGGAGGUUUGUCCCUCAGAAAUAAAUGACCAGCCUGCUAUUGAGGAGGAGCCAGUGGAAUCCAUAGUUACAGCUAGCCUAAGUAAAUUAUCUCUUGCAGAUGUUGCUGCUAAUAAUUGUAUAUCUGAGUCUUCUCAGGAGACUCAAAGAAUAUUGACUUCAGUCUCUCAAUCUUCUAACACAACAGUGUCUUCUAGUACAACCAGUGCUCUCAAAACCUCAUCUCUAGCAGUAUCUCAAACUGCCUCAGGGACGACAGUUUCUAAACCUCCAGCUGUAGCUCCAAGGUCUCUGAAUAUACCUCCAGUACCCCCAAGAACAAAAGUUUAUAGAAGUGACUCCUCAAAGUCUAUACCAGAACCAACAGCUAUUGUGACAGCAGCUAAUUCCAAAGCUGGAGAAAUAGUAGACGGUGUCAAAACUGGAGAGACCGUUGCAAGUGUACCAGUAGCUAAACCACCACGGCAGCUUAAAAGGCUCUCCAAAUCUGAUCCUGUUUCACAAGAACCAGUUUAUGCUAAAGUACAGAAGCCUCGAUUAGCAGCUAAGCCAUCAUUGAAAACUUGUCAACGAAAGAGUGUGGAUGAAACUGGUGCAGCUAAAGCUUCUCUAACUCGAAGUGAUAGUGCAUCUUUCCCAGAUGAUGUCUCUAGGGUUUCAACUAGUAGUGAAGGAAUUUACUCAACAGUAGCAAAUGAUGGAAGCUGCUCCCCAGUCCUUGCACCUCAACGACCAGCUCCUCCUCCCCCACUGAAAACAUUUGAUAACUGUGAUGAUGGACAAGACUACUACUCACUGCCCCCUGAAGCUUGUCAGACACUGCAACAUCAUGGAAUCUUGGUUCAGAGGACAUCUACUAGACCUUCUUCACGGCUGCUACAACUAACCCAUCCCUUUGGGUGUGCCCAUGUCAUUAAUGACAAAAAAACAUGUUAUAUCUACAAAGUUCAGAACAAGGCACUCUGCUUUAUCAUGGGCACCAGACUGAGGGACAAAAGAUCUGCACACCCAACAGAAGCAAUAAUGUUUGUGGAACCAUCUGAACGGUUCAGAGAGCGAGGACUGGACGCCCUCCUCCCUCUGCCUGAGACACUUCCCGUCGUUGUCAAGUUACCGCCUGACGCUUGGCAAGAGUUCUCUUUUGGAUUCGAGCUCUCAGACAGCACUCCAGUUGGAUCCCUAAAGUUCAGAAAAGUUGGAGAGAACAUUAUGCUAACUUUAAAGAGGAUGAGUGAGAAGGGAUCGGCUUUUGUUCAUAUGAGUGAUCACCAACAGCAGAUCGAUGUGCCCUUUCAGGUGUUCCAAAAACUGUCACCAACAAACGAGAUUUUCCUCAACCUCUCCUUAAACAUGGGACAUCUUAACGUAGAACUAGAUGGUGUGAAUACCGUGGAGUUCGACCAGGUUAAUGCAACAGAUUUCUACCAGGUGUACGCCCAUGUGUCUCAAGGUUUCCAGGUUCAUCUUAGCUUCAGUUGCAAUAGAGAUGGAAGAGUGUUUUCUGCGUUGCCACAACCUGGAGAAUAUGACGACCCACAACGAUCUACAAAGUCAACCACUGUUGCUACCGUUGUUAUUCUUGCCAUCUUGGCUUUGUUGAUGGCCAUCGCUGCUGCAGUUGGAUUCUGUUACUAUAAGAGGAAACGAAACAGAGCAAAAGAGAAGCGUACACUGACGAAUACGAGAGAUGUAAAAAAGGAGAGUUAUGUGAAUGAAGAGAAACAGCUGCUAAUGAUCAACGAUGGCAAGCAAGGCACGGUGGAAGGUGUCCAGGAUACCUGUGUUGUAGGCGACAAAGAUAGCAGGCAUUAUGAUAUGGCAGGUGAUCAGGGGGGUAGGCAAGAUGGUGUUACAUAUGUGGAAGGUGACGAGGAUGGCAGGCAAGUUAGUGUGGCACGCGUGAUAGAAGGUGAGAAUAACAGAAAAAGUGGAGUGAGAGUGGAACGUGGUAGUGAACAUGGUAUUGUAGAGGGUGUAACAUUGGGUUCUGGAGGUAACGACAACAAACAAGGCAUUGUAUUAGAUGGCCAGGAUGGCAGUCAAGUGUUAGUUGAUGACAUAGCAGGUGGACAGGAAACUGUUCAUAACAGUAAAGAUGUUUCGCAAGAUAGAACAGGAAACCAGAAUAUUGAGAGACAAAUCAACGCACAAGAUGAUCAACAACAGCCCGAAGAGGCCUUAGAAACUACUUGCCUCAAAUAUCAGACUAACGAGUGUGAUUCAGACGAUGUUGAUGAAGCAGAGGACGUUGUUGCGAGUAUCACAGAGCAAGAACAAACUGAUGAUAUAAACACCAAUCCAACAUUGAUGAAUCAAAAUCAGACUUUCACAAGGUCUGACGGCGCUGACUGCCACCAAGAUACAAAUGAGGCGACAUCUCGUGCCCAGAGUGACAAACCGACGAAUUUAAUACAAAAACAAAAGCAAAUAAAUAAUUCAGGGAAAGAGGAGCAUAAGAUAAGAUUAUCUUAUUCAAAGGAUGAUGAUGUCGCUAUGGGCAAACUCUCCAAUAAGUUCACACACAGUCGACAAACGAUCAGUCCUGCGACUGACGGAGCAGGAGAGAUAAAAGACGAUUCGAAGCUUUCAUCAUUAUCAGAGAUCAGUGCCAUAUCAGACGAAGGGAGACCUGACGCAACAAAACGUUCAUCAGAGAUGAGCACCUCAACGGAUGAUCCAACACCACCUGGUGGGAUACAAGACGCCUCUCAAGAAACUGGUAAUGUCAAUAUGGAUCAUUCAAGAAGAAACCAAGUUCUGAGAGAGGAAGACAAGUCAUAUAAACCAAUGACGUCCGAAAAUGUUUCACAAACUAAUAAUACAGAGGAUGAAAUGCCCACCAGAAAUAUUGGUGGCUUCACAAGGGUUCAACAGCAACAUUAUGGUUUGAGCAAUACACCUUGUAAACAUCACAGAGUUCAUCAGCACACAGAAGAAAUAUCCGACCAACGAGUAAGUCAUCAUCAGUCUCGUAAGCAACUUUAUCCAGCAAUGCCAGAAACUUCUUGGCCACCUCUAGAACCUGUGGCAUUUGUAAAAACCUUUCUAUCUUCCUUUGACCUGAGCAGGUAUCCUUUAUUUCUGGAUCGGUUAGUGAGUGAGACACCGCAUGCUCAUCCUGACUACGUAGACUUGUUGGAGGCCAAAUCGAAGAUGGCAAAUGUUGCAAAGGAAAUCAACGAUUACACCAAAAGACUUGAUUUAGUUAACAAGUAUCGUUAUGAGAGUGAUCAGUCGCUACAGAGCAAAAUGCAGAGAGUGUCCUUGCAUUCUGUGGCAAAGAAGUCAGCGAGACUCUCAACUCUUGUCUCAGAAAUGCUGGGAAUCAUGAGUCAGACCAAAGAUCCAGAUUUUGACGAAGAAGUCGCAAAGUUCCGAUGUGUGCAAAAAGCAGCAGCAGCAGUGACACAGAACAUAGGCGCUGUGGUGCAAAGUAUAAAGGCACGUCAUAAGGCAGAACUGAAAUUGGCCAAGGGUUUGGUUGGCACACUGCACCAGGCAGCAAGAGCACCACAGAUUGAGGCAGUGCAGAAAGCAGCUUCAGACUCGUGCAAUAAACUGUUUGAAAUGUUUGACAAGUUUGUGCAAGAGCGCAUUCUUCUGCCAGCUAAUCAGUUGCUGUGUUUUUGUGAGGUGCCAGAGCGACUGAUACUUAAAAGAAAUGACAAGAUUCUGGAUUAUGAUAAUGCUCAGUACAAGCUGGACAAAAACAAGGACCCUACUAGGACCAGGAUACUUGAGGAAGAGUUGUCCAUAGCUAAGGGAACAUAUGAAGCUCUUAACACUCAGCUGAUGAUGGACCUACCACAGUUUAUCAGUUCUGGGACGGAGAUAAUGAUUCUGGUCACGCGGACUCUCGUUGCUGCUCGCAUGUACCUCCAGGGACACCUGGCUCAGUUAUAUCUUCGUCUAGCUCAGGUUCCUGGGUUAACCUAUACUGGUGAGGAAGACAUGCUGGCUCAGUUCCGUGUGAAGUACUUGCAGCAGUUGGGAGAAUUCCGACAGUUGAGCUUUAUCCCUGCUGACACAUUGCAGAGAACCCUCCCUAGAGCAAAGCCACGAGGACGUAAGAGUCUGGAUAGUGCUUCACUCAAGAAAGAGGCUCCUGAAUCAGUGAAGAAAAAGGUCCUAGGUAGCUACCCUGCAGAAAUAAUAUAUGUGGUAACUGAGGUUCAUACUCCAUCAGAGGUUAUGGGGUUUUCUCGUAUCCUGGGGACCUGUUUCCCCCUUAAAAAUAAAAAUCCUCUUGGUCGUGGACCGCUGGUUUGGGGGAUGAUGGAGGUUGAAAACAAAGGAUUUGCAAGAGCAACAUCAUUAAAACCUCUUCAAGGUCAGAGUAGAAUUGGUAAUUCCAUGGCUUUGCCGUCUGCUACCUCACAUAGCACAACACCCUCCAGUCUACCUGCAGUUACUCUUGCACCUCGGCCAUCUACCCUUCCACGUGCUGCUCCAACACCACCCAUUCCAGAACGUCCACCUCGUUAUGAAGAUUUGUUUCCUGCCACAUCUGGGGGCCCUGGAAUUCCCUCACAAGUUACUGGUUACCCAGCAGUAGGACAACAGGUACCCCCACCUCGCUACACUCCAGGUUCUCUGAAUCCUCCUCCUCUACCAGUUAAACCAGGUUUUCAGGAACAAUCAUCCAGCACCUUUUAUUCUCAAAUAUCUGAAAGUGAAUACUAUAGCCCUCCUUUGGAUACCCAACCAUCCAAUGAAUAUAACUCUCCCAUCUCUGAAGAAGACAACAAUAUCUAUGAAGAAAUUGACCAGGAUGCAGUAGAUGGUGGAGUUGGCCAGGAGGAGGAGGAUAAAGAAAGUAGUCCAAUCUAUGAAGUUAUAGAAGAUGGUCAGCUGGUUCAAGAUUCUGCCCUCAGUGUUGAUACACAACUAAGUUUUCUACCAGGCCUAGAAGCUGAAGAACCUCAGUUUUACUAUGCCUUGUACAACUUUGGUGGCUCUGAUUCAACCCAACUGAAUUUAGUUGCUGGACAGGUGGUGCUUAUUCUACAUGCCAAAUCUUCAGACUGGUGGUUUGUGGAAGAUCGCAAUGGCAAACAAGGAUAUGUGCCAGCAACAUACCUUGCCAAAUACUCAUAAAAUUGUCUUCUCUCUGCAAUUUGCAGAAUUGGGUGCACCCUCCCAACUAAAAAGACUACCUGGCAUAGGACCUUGACUUGAACCUCAAGUAUUCAACCAUAAGUGUACAACAACCAAUAGACUUCUUUAUAUUAAAUGUUCUUCACAAAGUUUCAUAUUUGAAGUCCAAUUUUGAAACCAAGAUCUUAUUCAGUGAACAUCAAUCAAAUGAGGACACUCUUCUGGACAUGUACUCUCAUGACAUUAGUGUUAUACCAUCAUCACAAAUAACGGCUACAACUUCACAUGAUUUUGCAAAGUUGAUCAAAACAGAGUUGUGAAAUUCUAAUUUUAAGGUGCAUCAUGGAAAGUUAAAUGUUCAUAAUUUCAUCCAUAUCUUUAAUGUAGAUUACUCUUUACUUAAAUAUUACCUAAUUAAAAAGAGAAGAGGAUACAUCUGAGCCCAGAAAUUUUGAAAAUUAACUGAUGUGUCUACACAACCCACUUUCUAUUUUUAAUGCAGAAAAAAGUUACUAAAAACAUUAACCACAUUUGUGCAGUUUCAUUUGCUUACAACUAAUAAAUAAUGGUGCAUUAUUCUAGGCAGUAAGUACCAUUACUGGAAGUAUUGCUCAACACUGCAUAGAUGCUCAAGCACCAAUAAUAGUCAUUUGGCACACUAUUGAUUAGCUUCAAAUAUUUAUUGACAAAAACAAAAAGGUAAGCUAUUUUAAAACUUUAUAAACCCUUACUAGAAUUCAACACAGAAUGGGCUGAAUUUGGUUGUGAAUAACUGAGUAGAAAUAAUAUUGAAUAUAGAUUAUGGUAGUGAGUGAUUUUGGUGUGCUGCUUGCAAAUAAAAAUAGUGAUCAAGUUUUAGGUAAAAUGAAAUAAUGUUUUACUUGUGAAUAAGCUUGAUUGAUGAAACCCACUAGAGACUUGUGGGUUUCUAUAGAACACUGCUGGCUUGCAGAAUAAAAAAUGUCUGUAUAACAGUGUGUCUGUAUGCAAAACACAAUGAUCAUCAACAAGCACAAAUAUACAUUUCACCUGUGGGUAACAUGAAAGACUUGACAUCAAUGUACAAAGUAUCUGCAGGACAUGUACAAAGUAUUUGCAAUAUCCCAUCUACAAAAAAAAAAAAGAAAAAAAAAUAGCCAUUUGCCUUCUAUACUGACAAGAGCAGUCACUAAUUGGACCUCACUAAGUCGUAUAUAUUUUACAUUUUUCUUUUAAAUUCGUAAAAUAUUAAUGUAAAGUGGCAGUGAAAUGAGAAAAUAUGGUGAGAUUGGCAAUAACACAAUUUGAAAUUUAUGUUAUGGCUGAUUAUUUUUUCAUUUAUCAAAAAUGUGCCAAUUUACAAGUGAUAUAUGCUAUGUACUUUAUGAAACAUUGUAAAUAUUGUUCAGAAACCUGAAGGUAGAAGUCAAAGUGAACUCUGUUAAUGAAACUUGUGAUUUCAUUAACAGUUCUUUUGUUUCAAAACUAGAAAUUUACAUCCAACAUUUUCAUUGUGGAUUUAAUUAUAUUUUACAUUAUUUUUUUACUUGCAUCAUUCCUCAAAGCAAUUAGUCCUAAUUGUAAGAAAAGGAAAGACAGAAGAAUAUAAGCAAGCAAGCAAGCAAACCUUUUUUUCUUUUAUUCAGAGCUACAUGCAUUCCAGAAUCACUUAGAAUGUAGAGUCCACAACACACAAAAUUCAUAAUUAAGAGAGAAGAGAUCUACAGGAGGGAAAAAUAAUAUGAAUCAUGAAAUUAAGAGCUAGUAGUAGUGUGAAUUGCUGCACCAGGUAUAUAAAAUGUCAUAAUUAUUUUCUCGUUUCAUCAAGAAUUUUCUCCGGUUAUUUGCUUUUUGCAUUCUUAAUAUUCAAUACAGUAUAUUAGUUCAUGAAUUACUCAUCCCCUCCACCAGCUCUUUUCUUUUCCCUUCUUUCUUUUGUGGCUAAAUCAAGUUAUUUGAAUUCUAUGCCUGUGCAUGGUAAGCAACAUAGUUGUGGAAGUUCAGUACGUGACUACCACCAGUCACUUGUUAAUCUAACUGAGCUAUUAAUAUUCUUGGUUUGUGUUCAUUUUGCAUCUUGCUGUGCAAGGGGGGAAACAGAAAUUUUUGUGCCAAUUGAAUUAGUAUGCAAUAUUUUUUUAGCAAAUACCUAAUUAUGUACUGUAUUGUAUUAUCAAUCUUUCAUGUGAAUUUCUGUGUCCUAAUUGCAGACUUGGACUGAAAAGGUGUUUUUGGGGAUCAAGACUAUGAUGUAUGGUUACCUAGAAGGGUAAAUUACAUUCCAUGAAUCACAUUGACUGUCUUUAGGGUUAGUGGAUUUCAUUCUCUUGAAACUGUUGUGAAGAGCCAAAUCACUGGAGCUUGGCUAGAAUUGGCAGUUUCAUACUAGAAAUUUUAAAAGUUUGCCUAAUGAAAUUGGUUUCAGUGAAGGGCAUAUGUUGUACAUUGGCAUUAUUCUAUAUUAUAUAAUUUUUUCUCAUAAUUCAUAUGAAAUGUAAAGAUUCCAUCAUCUCUUUUUGACCUGACAAGUUGUUUCCCGAGGUGCAGUUAAUCCUAGUUAUUAGUGUCAUAAUGACCUAAUAAUUUGGUACCAACUUCUGUGGUAAAAUUGUUCCCUAGCAUUUGUAAUUUUUUUUUUUUUUUUUGGGGGGGGGGACAUUGGACUAGUCUAUGGUCAAAUUCUUGUUGCUGAUCAUUGCAAUAGUUACUAGGUCAGAAAUCAAUUACAGUCUGGUAUUGACAAUGCCAUACUCAUCUGCACCUCUGUAUAGUAGAUGUUGAUAGUGGCUUUCUUGUUAUUGCUGUGCUCAGGGUGAGGUUGUUUGUAAUUUUUACCAUUGAGAGUUUUAGUCGAAUUAGUUUUAAAUUUUUAUUGGUUACUGGUUUCUGCAGCUGACAUACCUCUUUUCAAAACUAUGGUAGUACUCUGAAACUGAUUUUUUGUAGUAGUACAUAUAAUACAAAAAAAAAAAAAUGAGUGAAUAAGUGUUCAAAUAUAUUUGGAGCUCAAGGUGAUCUUUGUAUUUUUAAUGCUUCAACUUAAAAAUUUUUUAUUAGUGCUAAACAUUUAGAAAUUUAUUUUAGGGCCAAAGUCAGACAUUAUGUAAGUUAUCAGCUGUCAAAUAUACACAAUAAGUCCUGUUCAUUAGCAGUCAGUCUCAGCAAAUUGAAGUUAAGUUAUACCGUAUUUUGUUUUUUUCGACACGUCAGCCAUCUCUCACCAAGGCAAGGUGACCAAAAUAAGAGAAAUACAUUCAUAAUCUUUUUCAGUAGCUAUCUUGCCAGAAGUGUGCAGACAUAUUUCAGAUUACUUUCCAAAUCGCAACAUCCCCAUCUCUUCUUAAAGCGCAGACUCUGUGCUUCCCACCUCCGAAUCCACCUAACUGGUUUUUCUUAAUCCCUUUGUAAUUAUUUAAAUUAAUGAAAUGCAGUAAUGUAAAUAUCCUUUAAUGAGGAAGGCUUUUUUUUUUUUUCAACAAGUCGGCCGUCUCCCACCAAGGCAUGGUGGCCCAAAAAGAAAAAUCCCCCAAAAGAAACUAUUUUCAUCAUCAUUCAACACUUCACCUCACUCACACAUAAUUACUGUAUUUGCAGAGGUGCCCAGAUACAA